AUGCGCGCCACUUCCGCCGCCGCCGGUACGCUGGCGAUUGUCCUUGGGUCCGCUCAAGAGACUGGUGAACAUACUGAUUGGCCUCGUUGGUGUGGCAAGGUGUAUCAAUCGGGUUAUCCCAGCUUCGAACCUGGCGGUCACACAACGACCCCAGAUGAUAACGGAACAACGAAUCUUUAUGUCCAAUUCAAGCCGCGUUACAACAUAUACGUUGACGGUGAAUCAACGGGAUCCUUCGUUAUCAAUGCUGCAUUAUCACCUUGGUAUGGCUCUCCGUGGACGAACUCGACCUCAGAUGGCGGCAGUACAAAGCCUUUCAACAGACUCUACUUCUCUAUCAACUUGGUUUCCGAUGACAGGCCGCUCAUCGAAAACUCAAUAGAGGUUAAUACCACGGGCUUUGAAGUCAACUUCGACCUAUCCGGUUUCACCCCGAGCACAACACCCUAUGGGGUAGUCCUUUACGGAGCAUCUGAGUUUGGCGACAAAACUUAUAAUGCCACCAGCUCUUUCCUGUACCUUCCAGAAAACCCCUCCGGAAGUGUUACCAAAAUUGACAACUUGAAAGGAAGCUUGCUGUUUAAGAAUGUCAACACAGAUAACCAGUUCCAACCUUUGCUUCCAUAUGGUUAUUAUGGACUAUAUAACGGAUCAAACAGCUCAGCAGUCAGCGAUGACUUCGUUCGAAACUACACGAAUGGAGGUCAGGGUCUGAACGCAAUUAUUGCUCUGGCUGGAUUUGAUGACCUUAAUCCAGUCUACGACAGCAUGGACCAUCAGAGCUUACCUUUCAUGUACGACCUCAGGGGCUCCUAUGAGAAUCUGUCCAUUGUCGAGCAGCACGUCAACACCGUCAAACAUCAUACGUCGCUAUUCGCCUACUGGACGGCAGACGAGCCAGAUGGCUGGCAAAAGCCAUUUGACGCGCCAGCCAAAGCUCAAGACCUUAUCCAUCAACUUGACCCUUAUCAUCCCGUUGCGAUUACGCUGAAUUGCCAAGAUUACUAUUUUGGUCCCUAUUCGCUGGGGGGCGAUAUCCUGAUGGAGGAUGUUUACCCGAUUGGUAUCAACUCGACGUUCUCGAAAUGGAAUACUACAUGCAACACUACUCUGGGAGAUUGUGGAUGUGAUAAUUGCCAAGGAAAUGUGCAAGACGUAUCUUCAAGACUCGACGACCUCUCAAUGUAUGAGUUCUGGCUUGGUAUGUGGCCCAAACCAAAGUUCCACAAUCCGCAAGUUUUUCACGGGGAGAUCUACUGGUUUCGGGAUCCGACGCCUGGAGAAGCACGGGUAAUGAAUGCGCUGGCUUUCAACAGAGGAGCUACUGGUAUUUUCGGCUGGACAUGGCCAGGGAGCUGGGAGUUGUUUGACGUACACUCAGACAUGUCUGCCGUGGUCACUCGGAGUCCUGUGAGAGACUUCCUUUUGAACGGUAAACCAAAAAGGCUUUUCAUUUCCGGAGAAGACGUGCUUGACAUGGCGUACUGGUCGUAUGGAAACCAAAUUAUGGUUAGUGUAGUCAAUGCUGGGUACGUGGAUAUUGGCGGGCCCUUAUCAAUACCGUUGCCUGAGGGGACGACAUCCAUUGAGUCUAUUCCUUUCGGCGGGUUGCCAUGGAAGUUUGCUGGUUCUGAGCUCUCUAUCGACACCCUCCCUGCUAUGACAGUUAGUCUUCUGAUGCUUAGCUCGGUCUCAGCACAAUAA